AGAAGGCAUGAUUCACGGCAGAGAGAGAGGGAGAGAAGGGGGGAGAGGCAGGGAGAGGGAGACAAGCGACAGAAAAAGAGAAAAACGGCAGAGAUAAAGAAAGACAGACAGAGAGAGAGAGAGACGACAGGGGCAGAGAUGCCAGUAAGAAAAACAAAUGAGGAUGCUGAUUUGAAGCAGAAUGAUAACACACCACCAGGAUGGGACUGAGAUCGACGCUCUGGAUUCACUGAUGCCUUUUACUGACUGUGACCAUGUUGAUGAGGUUCUGGCUUUUCUAUUGAUCGGGGGAAACAGAGCAGGUGGCAGCAGCAGCGAUGAAAGAGAGCGAGAGAGGAGAGAGAAAUGCUGAAGAACGCAGGCACGCUGAAAAGAUAGAGACUAGGAAUGAUUGUCAACUAUCUGCAGGCUCUUUGAAGGCGAUUUAUUUCUGAUGAAGACAGAUUAGACAGUGGACAUUCAGCUGAGAUAGAUGUUCAUGACGACCGUAAAAAGCUUUUUAAAGAUGUUGUUUUUCCACAGUGUGGAUGUCAGUCUGUUCUUUUCAUUAUGUGAGGAAAAGAAGUACCCUAAAUUUAGUUUUCAAGUCAGUCAAUUAUUCUUUGACUUUCUUCCGCUGAAGUGGUUCAAGUGUUGGCGGUGGAAUUAGUCGGAGCUGUGCUGAGGCUGCCAGGAUGUGCACUGGACGCCACGCUUCAGUGGUCAAAAUUUUAAACGCCUUUUGGUGACGUCCUGUAAGUCACCACAGCUAAUCACCAUAUUAAGUACCGUUAUUAUCUCCCACCAUGCUGGACUUCACCGCUCGCUGUUCUACCAGUUUGGUACAUUCAGAGGAGGAACAUUAACAGCAAACUACAAUUUCACAAUGUCGCAGCAUGGCAAAUGAGGAAAAAAUCUGUGUUUGAUUUGUCAUAUUAAUGGAGGAAACAGCUUUAAAGGAAUAUUGAUGUCAUCUUGACUUUAUUUUUGGCACCAAAUUUGCAUGGGGGGCUUUAAGGCUGCUUUGUGCAGUUUGUCGCAUUACCAUCUCUCCAACUUCAAAAUGUUUGCUGAGUUGUUUGAGGUUUUGUCUUUGGUUGUCUUUGCUCUGAACAUUAUUUCACCCUUUAGGUUGUGAGCGCUGCUGGUAUGUUAUAUGUCCUAAGAUACAACGUCUGUGAAAUUGUUCAAAGGGAUUUGCCCAAGCUGGGCUCCAUCUUAGCGUUUAGGCAGUUUUUGGGAGGAAAAUCUAAAGUUAUACUCGAAGCACAUUUUCCAUUUCCUUGCGGAGCAUUUCAGCCUUUAGGUUGUGAGAACUGAAGAUUUGUUGCGUGUGUCCUUCUAAGAUAUCACUUCCAUAAUGGAUUCCUAGAGCAUCCAUAUUUAGCUUGGUGUUCAGCCAUCACUGAGAGAAAGAAAUGAGGGAUGAGUUGAGAUUUUAUCUUCUCAGGUCUUGUCUUUGAGAACAGUUGGCUGUGAAAAUGAAAGCGGACGGCAAUCAGCAAACACAGCCAGAAUGAGAGAAGAAGCUUGGACUGGAUUCACUGUACUCGCUCUUUCUGUCGCUCUGUGUCUGACGGACUAAUGCUCUGCUGGAUAAAGAUUUAAUUGGCUCUGAGCAGACAGCCAGAACAAUAAACAGCCAGAAUAAAUACAAAUGCAAUCACGACGGGAAGAGAAUGGGAGAAAGGAUGCACUAAAAACAGAAACCUUGUGGACAUAAAAACUGGACAUAUUUUGUCUGUUUUUUUUUUCAAAAUUUUACUGGAAUAUUUCUGAAAGUAGGAUUCCAUUUUCAAAUUUCAUUUGGACAUAAUGUUGUUUACACUGUUUUUACAUCAUGGAACAUUUGACAAAAGGAUCUUUAUGCAGGAGCUGCAUACUUUGGUCACAAGAUUCUCCUGACUUCUCAUUAAAAUAGAAGGAAUAUGCUUCAGUAAAGAAGGACAAAAAAAUGUUGGAUGUGACAUUUCCCUUUUAUUUUGCUAUGACCUCUUCAAAACCAGUUCCCAUGCAUUUUGCACAUUCUGAAAGUAAUUUUGCAAGCAAUUUUUUUUUCUAGAUUUAGUAAAACUAAGGACUUCACGAUUCAUUCUUCAAACUUCACACGUGCCUCCCACCAACCCCUCCCACCGUCAGCCAUCCGACCAAUCAUGGGCAAGCCUCUCAGCCGGCCAGGGUGUUUCAGGAAGAGCUCAUGCUGCCUGGAGAAACAUGGAGCUGGGGAUGGGGGAGUGGGAGGGCGAGAUGGGGGCAUGGAAGGGGGAUAUGGAGAUGGCUACAUACCCCAGCGAUCCAUUUAUGACACCAUGUGCAUCAAUCAGCAGAUUGACAGCCAUCACCACCACCCUGGAGGGUCUGUACGGCGAGACGGUGGAGGAGAAGGGAGUUUUUGCUACUCUGCAAGUGGCUCUCUCAGAGUCAGCCGGUCCCCCGCCGACAUGUUCGAUCCUCCCCGCUCCUUAACUCCAAACCCCUCCUUUGUGCGGCGACUGGAUGAAAGAGCCAUCUAUGAUUCGCUGAAACUCGGUGGUCAGGAUGCAGAUAGUGGUGGCUGCCAUUCACCAGGACGUUUUCCUCGAUCAGUUUCUCCCUCUGUGUCAUCGUUCUCAGCUCCAGGAGUGUCCUCCUCCUCGUCAAAGAAACACCACCAUCACCACCACCAUCACCAUGGAGACAGCACAAAGAGCAGAGAUGGUCGGCAUUCCUGGAAAGUCUUGACACCUCCAAAACACCUGGAGUGUUUAGAGCUGACUACAGCUGAGAUGAUGGAGAGAGGAGGAGGAUAUCUGAACCCAGGGCAUUACCCCACUCCUGGAGGCCAGUCCUCCUCCCUUACCUCCCCCCUAAUCUCACCUUUCUCUGGCUCACCCCUCUCCUCAGGUUACCAUACUCCAGUCUUCUUCUCCCCUGCCAAACCUCGCCCCAGUCAGACUCAGAGCUUGCGCUGUUCCCCUCCCCACGUUAUCCAGCCGAGGCAUUACUCCCAAACCCAGAGCCUGAGGCUGUCACCGCCCCAUGAGCUCAGACGAUCACCCUACCGAGCCCCGCUGGUCCAACUGUCUGCUCACGACCUGGAGCAGGACUUGAGGGAUCGAGGAGGAGGAUGGGGCCGCAGUGAGCGAGAAAGGGAGUGGGAGAGGGAGAGGGAAAGAGAGAUGGAACGAGGGUGGGCCCAGCGAGAGUGGGAAAGAGAGAGGGAGAGAGGGAGGCUGGAGAGGGAGAGAGCAAGAGAAAGGGAGAGGAGGGAGACAUCAUUUGGAACCUUCGGGUAUGGCCGACCGGUUCCUCUGCGUUCUGACCGGGACUCUGUGUUUUUAGAACCAGAUCAGGGUCUAGACACAACACCCCUGUUACUCCCCCAGCCUUCACCUUCACCCUCCCCCAGUGCUGCCCCCAGAAUGGGCACUGGAGCAGUGGGUAGGAAUAGAGCUGGGUCAAAGGUGGGCCCUGACAGUGGAGGUGGAGGGAUGGCCACUAAGUACGAUAAUGGGGGUGUAGGUUUGGUGUUGGUUGACAGUAAACAUGGGUGUGGGCCGAGGUUAGUGAGUGAAGUAAGUGUUGGAAACAUGUCUGAGGCUGAAAUCAGGGCUGUAAUACAAGAACACCAUAGAGCUGAAAACUGGAGCAAGUACGACAAUGGCUCCAGGGCUAGCAUUAAAAAUGUGCCUGAAACAAGAAUGGGCUCCCAGGUGAAAACAAGACCAGGGGGUCGAGAUUUAGAAGGAAAAGUCCAAUCAGGUGUGGAGAUACAAAACAUGGCUCCAGCUAUGAACAAAGAGGGACACAGGGGAAGCACAAAGUGUGGAGAAAAAACUGCAAGGGGUGUGAGUAAGCCAGAACCUAUUGCUGAAGUUACACCUUCAAUUGUGGGUGAGCCUGAGAGUAAGGUUGGGCCUGAAGAUAAAGUUGAAGUUGAGGCUAGAUCUGGACCAGUGAUGAAGCUAGAGCUUGACACAGGGGUUGAAGUUAAGGCUAGUUCAAGACAGGAAGAGAACAGGAUUGAAGCAGAAGCUGAAGUUGUAGGUAAAGUUACGAAUGAGGUUGAUUUAGCAGCAGAAUCCAGAGCAGAGGCUAAAGCUGAGACAGAUGUUCAGAUUGUUCUAACAUCUAAGCCUGAGGCAGCACUGGAAGCUGGGAUUGGUAAUGCGACUGGGAAUAAGAAUAACAGUGAGACUGGGGUUGUCAGUGAAGUCAAGAACAGCACUAGAACUACAGAUAAAGCUCAAAUAAGUGUUGUGGCUGCAGAUAAAACUGAUGUUGCCCCUGCAGAUCAAUCUGAGAAAAAGCCUUUGGACAUUGACAAAGUUGAAUCUGGCCAUGUAGAGAAAAGCUCAAGAUCUCACAAGUCCAAAUCAUCGAAAUCCAGCUCCAGGACUCGACCUGGCACAGCCACAGGCCUUCGCCCAGGUGUAGCCAGCCCUCGACAGAGCAGAGGGCUUGUAGGUCUUGAAUCCACAGUCCCAGCUGAAGGCAUUGAGUCCACAUGGCCUCGCCGGAUCAUUGUGAGAAAGAGGACUGUUCGUCAGGGAGGGGCACUCCACAACCUCCCUAUUCUCCCCCCUCUCCCUUCUGUCCUUUCAGCGUUAGAGAAGAGGCGUCCACUUGGCCACCUCCACCGUUCAGGACACUUCUCAGAGAACCCAUUAUCAACUGUACUGAACGCUACAAGCAUUGUGGGACGGUGUUCACUUAAAGAACCCUCUCAUGUAGAACCAGGACAGGGAACCAGUUUGGUGGGCAGGGCUUCCCUGAAGGAGCAGAACUUGGAGCACUGGAGGGUCUGCAGAGAGCAAGAAGAACCCAGGAGAUCCAGAAGCAAGGAAAAACAAGGAGAACAGACUAAGGAGAAGACUGAGAGGGAAGAGAGGAAGAAUAAGGAAGAGAAGAGUGAGGAGAGGAGAGAAGAGAAAGACAAAAAAGAAGAGAAAAUGAUUAAAGAGAAAGAAAAGACUACUGUUGGUGUGGGGCUGGUGGAAGAGAGAAAACAGGAAAAGGUGGAAAAAAGGGUUGAAGAAAAAGUCCAAGAAAAUGUAAACAAAGACAAAGAAGUAAAGAAAGACAGAAAUAUAGAGAUAAUAACUGAAAAAGUGGAAGGCAGAGGUAUGAAGGUGAUGGUUGAGAUACAAGACCCGCAUGGACAAGAGUUUCAGGAGGUGGUGGCGACAUUACAGACAGAAGAAGGAGAGAUGGAGGGAGGAGAAGCAGGACCACCUGGGGAGGAAGGAGGGAUGGAGAGUUGGGAUGAUGUCCUUGAUAUGGUGAACACACUGUGGGACGACGGCUGGGAAAAAGGAGGAGCAGAGGGAGGAGGUGAUACAGAUUCCUUCUCAGGCUCCCUGCAGCGUUGGCCUCUCCUCAGGCCCCCGGUCGGGUUUGGAGGGUCCCAUCCUCCGUCCUCGGCAGCCUCGGAGCUCAGCCUGACGGAGUUGGAAAGGAGAGCCCGGGAGCUGGACUCUGACCUGGAGCACUUAGACCUGUCUCAGCCCCACAGGGACAGCCAGGAUCUGUACCAAACCCUGCUGGAGCCACAGAGGGACCGAGCCGACAUGUACCAGACACACCCUGGACCGCAGAGAGACAAAGCUGCCGUCCUCACAGGAGUGGGCAGCAGAUCGCAGGUCAGUCUGGAGCUCACUGCUAUGGCCUCUCCAGCUACAGACACAGACAGAUCUCCUGCUGAUUGGUCGGCUAGAUCUGCUGGGACUUCUACUGUUGGCACCAGCUCCACUAAAGAGGACAGCUCUCCAGACUCCAACCUAACGCUCGAGUCCGACUCCAGCGGCGUCUUCCUCUCCUUGUCCAAUCAGAGCCAAGAGGAGGCCGGCUCUGACAGUGACCAGCCAAUCAGUGGCUCUGACCUCGGCAGCAGCAGCACAUCGUUGGAGAAAGACGGGGACGAUGGAGGGUUAAAGGAAUGGGGCAGGGAGGAGAGUUCAGAGCUCCAGUGGUGCUACCCAUCGCUCCUCCACACCUCCUCACAUGACGACUUUGAAGGAGAUGGUGAAAGAGAGGAAGGAGACCAUGGAAAGAUGGGAGGAGAAGAGGAGAGAGGGAAAGAUGAGUAUGUAAGGAAAGAUGGGAAGAUAGGAGUGGUUUCAGUCAUGAAGUCCCAGCUAGAACGCUCUGUCAUCAAGAGCUCUGUGACUGUAAAUGUUCCACAAAGUGAAGAAUUACCACCCAGGAAAAAGGUGACCCUCAUGGGAGUAGACUCCCCUCUUCCUCUGUCUCCUUCAAAACAAUCAAUCAAACACCUUCUAGAUCCUGAUCAGAAGCCAAUCAGAAGCUCAGGACUAGAUUGCGGCGACAUAGAUCCGUUUGUCCAGUCGGACAGCUUUGUCUACCUUGCUGUGUCUUCUGGAAGAUCUGCCUCCAAGGGUGAAGUCACCACAGUGACCGAAGUUUCAGCCCAUGAUGCAAAACCAGACAGUGUCCAGCAACAUACAGAUGCAUACAGUCCAAAAACACACGUGAGUCUGCCGAGCAUGGAGCGGGACACCAAGCCGACCCACCUUACCCCACAGAAACCAGAGGAGGGAGAUUUUCUGUGCACCGACAGCUUUGUCUAUCUGGCUGCUCCAGCGUGUCUCCUACUGGGCCCUGCGGGAUCUGCACCAUACGGUGGCAAGGAGUCGGACUCUGAGAGUUCAGGCUCUGGGCCUGUUGACCUGUCAGUACUGGGUUGUGGCUCGGUGACAGGGGACAGCGACUGGGACUCUGAUCUGUCUGACUCUGAUCCCAGUCGCUCCUCCAGAAUCUCUGCUGUUGGAAGCAAAUCUGCCGGUGUGGCGCGACCCAAGCGGCUGCCGACUGAACCCGACUGGGACCUGUUCGGAGAAGCCACUGAGCCUGAAGUGCUGAGUGAGCUCUUCACAGAACAAGACAGAAACAACAACGGCAGGGCUGGAAAAGUUGCCGGGGUUACCACCAGCAUGGCAGCGACAUCAGCCGUUCCCACGGCAACUCAACCUGUCACUCCACCAGUGAAGCGAGCAGCGACGGUGGAUCAGUCAACGACAAAGAAGGUGACGUGGCAGUUUAAACCAGCCCAGAGGUCCGUUUGCACUGGAAGCAGGAAGGAGAAAGACAGGGAAGGGACAUCUUCAUCAAGGUUCACAGAACUGGGACCCUCCCCUUCAUCUUCGUCAUCGUCAUCAUCAUCACCGUCGUCAUCGUCAUCUGGUUGAGUCCUAAAAGAAAGGGUUGUUUGAACUUUUGGGAGAAGCUUUUCAACACCUGAAGCUGAAUUGCAGAAAGGUAGAAAAGAUCUUUAACUUUCUGAAGAACUACAGUUUUAUGCCUGUAAAGUAGAUUUUUGCAUCUAGCUGCUGCCAUUGCCUUCUUUGACCUUGUAAAGGCUGCAUUAAAGAGUUGUUGCAUUUUCUUAGAUUAGAAUAUACAAUAUUGUAUGUAAUCACUUUAAGUUUGAGAUGGAUGCUGAGACUCAGGCUUAACAGAAACAGUGUGAUUCCGAAUGGGUUCUAUCAACAGUCAAAUUUUGGAAAACAGGGUGGACAUGUUAGUUAUAUGUUCAUAUUAUUCUCUAUCUAAAUAAUAAAUAUGAAUAGUUCUGUUGAAUUUUUAUUCUGUUGAAUGUACUGUACAGGAUAUAUAUACAACUACAGGGAAAGUCCACCCUAAACACAUUUCACAUAUCAGCCGUUUUCAGUAACUUGGCUUGGUUGCUUGUAUUUAACAUUAUUAUCUCUUAGAAUUCAGUUACAAUAACAUUUAGAAAGGAUUUUGGUUGGAGAAAAGUGUUGCUGCUGCUGUCCGACGUGGUGUAACCUGUUUAUAGAUCUAACAAUGUAAUUGAGCCUCGGACCGUAUUCCAAAUUACACCUAGUUUCCCUAUAAUAACAGACUUACUCUAACUUAAAGACUAAAAUCGACCUUUGGAAAACAGCUGAGGCUGAACAUUACAGUGUAUUUUUAAUUCCCAUCCAAGUUUACAGUGUAUUUAACAGUGUGUCAAUAAUAUAUUUUGAACAUGGAGAUAAUUACUGAGCGAGAUAUAUAUGUGAUGAAUGUGCAAACAUGAACAACUAAUGAAAGGAUUUAAGAAUUACAUUUAGUUUAAAUGCUUUAUUUAUCGAUUAGAUUGAAAUUGUGAAUGUUAUAAUUGAGCAAUAUGCUUUCAGAUUCCUGCUAUAUUCUAUGUUUCAUAUGUGGAAAGUGAUGUAUAAUAAUGGCUGAGUUUAUUUAGAUUUAUACAGCCAAAUACUGAUUGUAAAUGCAGUCUUACACUCAUAUAGAGGUUUUAUGUGUAACAUUUUUAAUCAUCAGGUAGUUUGGUAAGUGCCAUAAACAAUGAGAGCAUUACUGGAAUGAUUGGCAGCCUUUGUCUCACAGCGGGAGUAUUUUUAGUGCUAGUGCUUCUCAGAAUAAAGACUUCUUCUCCCAUAAUCCUCUUUGUCUGUCAUCACCCCGUCCCUGAAGAUGAUAAACAUGUUGGAGACCAUUUUUGUCCUAUUUGCCUCUUAACUCCCCUCCACCAUUUGUCACAGAUAGAAAAUUAGACAGCUUUAGGUCUGUUUGUGCUUCAAGCAAAGCAAUCUGUGAGAUUUUACUCCAAAUCCGAGUCGGUGGCACUCGAUGUAAAGUGCAGUGUGGAGGCUGAUGGAGCUGCCAGUCAUCCCAGCAGUGGUCCCGUUGUUGAAUAAUUACACUAACGUCUCACAAUGAAUGUGGUAAUCAUUUACUGAUGUUAAAAAUGAUACAUGUAGCACCCUCAGCAGACAGCACAGUGCUAUCAGAUUUGUUAUGAAUGUGACAGAAGGAAGGUGACGGUUAACAAACCAUCAGUUCCACACUAAUGAUUCCUGUUGCAGGUAUGAUGUGGCUGUGAAAGGUUGCGUGGGAAGUCAUGGCCUGACAGCCAAAUUGCCCGCUUAGUAGAUUAAAUUUGAACUUAAAUUUGAAAUCGGGCAGUGAGAGCAGAGCUCCACAUGUGCUAAAUGUUUAAUGUCUUCUAGUGUGUUUGAAGUGAAGGUGAAAAGAUUUGGACGGUAAUCUGUUGUGGUGAUGUGCAGCCAUAUUUCUUGAUUACAGCUGCUGGGGAAAGGUGGACAUCUUUUUUAUGUGAAAUGAAAACUGUUGCCUUGUGCAGCUUUAACUGCCAAUAUGAACACUGAACAGCUCUGCCAGUCUGUAUCCUCGACUAUGAUGCUCUGUGGAAACCAACAGGAUCUGCUGUAGCCUUAAACGCACCUGUCAGCUUCAGUGACGGAUUUCUUUCUGGUGCUUUUAGGCUCAGAUUUACAAGCACAUCCACAGAGGAAUCAAGUGUUUCAUUAGCAUAUCUCUGUUUUUAAAGCUGCAGGUCUUUGUUCUUGACUGUUUGAAUGUCUUAGGCAGUGAAUGUCAGUCAGCACAGAACUGAUGAUUGAUGAAGGUUUAAAACGACCACAGCGGCUGGGUUGUGAUUUUUUUCCAUGUCAGAAAGAAUUAAAUGAAUGUUCCUUGAUGUUGUUAUGAGACACAAAAGCACUUCAAAUCCCAGUGAAAGUCAUCAUGUUUGAAACAUUCAAGGGGAGCUGUGAGGUCACUUUGGAGUAGGAAUGUUAAUCUGUCAGGGGCAAAAAUGAUAACGGGUCUCCUGACCUCCCAAUCAGUACUUCUAUGCUGGAAAAGUAAGACGCGACCCCAACUUUUUGUUUGUUUGAUAAUUUGAUUUAACACAAACUUAUGCUGGAAUAUGAUCCAUGUAACCUCAUACAUGGGCAUUAUCCCACUUACACUUUGGCCAAUCUCCAACCAAAUGCUGUAUGCAGUCAGAUUUAAUCAGUCAUACAUUUUCAGCACUUUUCAGUAUUGUUUUCUUGCUUCAAACAUCAUUACCUGCUCCACAAAGACACAGUGGGAAGUUUUUUCUUUACCUCACAUUAGUUUUUGCCAUCUCUCCCAACAUUUGUAUUCCCUCUGGCCCACAGAGAAAGGUACAGCUGUAUUAUAAUAUAGGAUUCUAUAUUCUGCAGUAGACUGCUGUUUGUGCCAUAUUGCAGUUAGAUAACUAGAGGAGCUGAUUGUCUCACUGACUGAGACAGAUUGUUGUCAUGGAACGACAGAGCUGUGGCUAUGGUGGUGGCUGUAUAGCUGUGCUUUUGUUACGAUCUUAUUGGCUAGAACACUACAUGCAGCAGAUGUUUAGUGAAGCUCCUGCAGCAACACAUCUGUGGAACCUGACAGCAGUUCCAGACGCCACAUGGCUGUUAGGACUUCUUGCCUAAUGCUACUGGGAGCAGUCAGGAGUAUUUAGUGGGCAGCUAUCUUGGACUCACUCGCAGCAUCAUAGAUCAGACCACAGAAGUCAGAACAGUAACUACAUCCACAUCCACAGCUUCAUCCGGUGGAGCAGCUGCAGCUGGAUGCUAACUGAGGUCAGCCUUUAGGAAUAAAUGCAUAAAGUAAAAAUCCACAUCCCUUCUGUGGUGCCUGCAGAGCUUUUCCUAAAACGGUAGUUUAACAUUCACCGAUCAGCGACGGCAUCAUGACCACUGACAGGUGAAGAACAUCCAUCAUCUUGUUUUAAUGCAACGUUCUGCUGGGAAACCUUGAGUCCUGACAUUCAUGUAGAUGUUUGACAUGUAUUACCACCUAAACACUGCAGGUCAACAACCCCCCAACACCCACGACAACAGCAGUCCUUUACGCCAGUUUCCACCCUUAGCAGGACAAUGAAUCCCGACACAUCACAAAAACUGCUCAGGAGAACCCAAGGAACACGACAGAGCUAAGCUGUUCACCCGGGUUCCACACUCCUCAGAUUUAAAUCUUAUUGAGCAUCUGUAGGAUGGUCCAGGAUCAGCCUGAUCUAGGUAGAUCCCCCAUGCAACCCACAGGACCCACAGAACCCACAGGACAUCCCCAGAGGUCCUGAGUCCAUGAACCACUGGGUCAGAGGAGUUUUAGCAGCAUAAAGGAGACCAACAAAGUAUUAGAAAUGUGGUCAUGAUGUUCUCCCUGAUUGGUGUCACUAAAAUAGACUCUUUAAAUUAGAGAGAAUUAACCCUCGUGUCAUCCUGCGGGUCAAAAUUGACCCGUUUUAAAGUUCGAAAACGUGGGGGAAAAAAAAAUAUUUUCACAGUGAAAUUUCUGAUGUCCACAUUUUCAACAUUUUUGGGGAACUUUGAAUAUUUUUUUGGUGGAAAAUAAGAAAUGUUAAAAAUGUUUCUUAAGAACAUUUACAAAAAAAAAAUCAAAAUCCAGUGAAUUUCACUGGAUUUUGGUUGAUUUUUAUGUGAAUGUUCUUAAAGAAAAUAUUAGAAGUUUUACUAAUAUAUAUGUAAUCACUUCAGAUAUUUUUAGGAUUUUUUUGGAGGAUUUUUACUCAUUUUUUGAAAAUAUUUCCAAGAAUUUUCUCGCCAAAUUUGGGGGAUUUUUUUUUUUUUUUUUAAAUAAAACUUUUAAGGGAAAGUUUUAACGAAUUAUUGGAAUUUUCUUCCUGAGGGUUUUGCAAAUUCUCAGAAAUUUGGGGGAAUUUUUUUGCUGAAUUUUCAGAUUUUUUUUCAGACAAAGAAACAAUAUUUUUUGGUGCCUGUAAAUGAGGACAACAGGAGGUUUAAAUAACAUUGCCAGGGAGUGCAGAAUUUAAGGCAAAAGAUUCAUAAUGAGGGAACGAAAAAUUGGUUAAGAAAAAAAACCACCAUGACCUUUGGGCUCUAAAACAGUUUAUAUAAAGUGUUUGUGCUGCAAGUAAAAGUAAAACACAUUUCACCAACCCAGCUGCAGAGUUUUAACAUGCAGAGUCGCCUCAAAGAGUCGGCUAAAAACUAUAAGAAAUGAAAAUAUCGAUUCCAUUGACCUUACACACAACACCCUUCUUAUUCUCAUCCUCUCCACAUCUCUUCAUUUCAUUUUAUAAUUUUGGUGACCUUACCCCUGCAGCUGUCCCUCAGACCUGCAAUCUCAGUUCAUUAGAUCUUUUUUUUACACCGCAGCCUCAAGCUCUUUAGCGAAGUUCGACUGCACCACUUUACAAACAGCUGUGAGUGCUGCAUACCCGCUCAGCUGAAAGUUCAUCUACAGCUGCCAGCCAGAAGUAAAAAUCAUAGAAAUAUUUAAACAGCAUUUUUGAUUACCAGUAGAUGACUAGAUCAUGCAUUAUUUGACUUCACCGAACUGUGAAGUCAAAUAAUGUGGCAGAAAAUUACCAAAUUACCAAAAGCGUUCUGUCUUCCGGUUAACUUGGGGUCCCUUGAAAGUGCAAAACUGUGAUCAGAAUUAGCUCUAAUUUGAAGCUCACAUUGUGAUAUUCUACAUAAUUUGGAACAGUCCACCCACGUUUCACAUCUGAGCAAUAUAAAGACAUGCAGAGGGUGUAUGUGUUAGCAGAGUUCUCACUGAUGCAGUCUCAUAUCGCCUCCUCCUUUUAUUCUCUAUGAGAGAUGGGAACAUGGCUGCAGAUCAGGCGUACACAGCCAGUUUUCCCUGCAGCUCCUCAAAGACUUCAGGCAGGUUUUAGUGAUUGUCAGCCAACUCUGGCUCUCAGAUGGGCUCAUGCUCCAGAUCUGUGCUGUUGACUGAAGCUGACUGUGUCUAGUUUCAGAGGAGGGCCAGGGCCAUGGUGGUAAUAGGACUUCCUGGAUCACCUGUGUGGUGAGCCACACUGCCUAUUUUUACUUGCAUUUACAUCACACUGAUCCUAUGCUCUGGCUGAGGUCUUGUUGUGAAAAGGAUGUUUAAACGACGCUGUUCAUGUGUUGAUUAAUGUGAACUGUAUGUAAUUUUUAAAAAUAUAUGAAAUGAUUAGCACUCUGCUGUGUACCACCUGAAAAUGGAAUGUGACAUUUUCUAACCCUGCUGCUUUCUGUCUGCUGGAGGGUUUUUUUGGUCUGAGUAACUAAACUUUAAAGCUCAUAAAGUGGACCAAGUGUGAGGAUGAGCCAGAUAGAUGUAUGUACAAAUUUUAUUGAUGAAAUAAUUUUUGAUUUCUGCUCGCAUUAAACUGUGGCAAGACAUCUAGUUUCACUGUGAUAUACUCUGGGUAAACUACUUAUCACAUCCUUUGCUGACUUUUGUAAAAUCCCGUAACGUCAGGCCAUAUGCAUAAUACUUUGCUGUUCAUAUCAACGCUGAUCACUGUUAAAGCUUAGUGGUGAUUAACAGCUAAGACCUGAGAUGGAUAGUGGGAACAAUGACUUGUGUAGAAUCUUAUUGUGUGCCAUAUUCCCAAGCCUUGUUGAACCGCAUUAAUGUACAAAUAAAGACUAAACUUGAUGGUGGAA